AUGAAGGUGAUCAACCCAAGGUUGUCCAGAUUGCUGCCGUUGCUGCUGCUGGUGCUCCUACUGUUGUCACUGUGCGCGCAUCAGAGUCAGGCCGGCAAGCUGAUUAAGCUUGCAGCCGCUGCCGCCCUCCUCGGAGGUGGACGAGGGUUGCUUCCCAUACCACUGCCCAUUCCUUAUCACAAGACCCAAUACUGCCCCUACCACGUGCCGGUUCCCGUGCAUUACCCGGUUCACUACCACAGCAAGAGUUCCAGCCACCACUCUCGCUCGCUACAAGGUUCCUCGAGAGUCGCUCACGGCCACUAUGGAGGCGGUAUCGGCUACGGACAUCAGGGACACGGGCAUGGCUCCGGACAUCGUGGAUACGGGCAUGGUCACGGACAUCAUGGAUACGGCCAAGGCUACGAACAUCAGGGCUACGGACAUCAGGGCUACGGACAUCAGGGAUACGGUCAUUACGGACACGGCUACGACGGUUACGGGAACUACCGCUGA